AUGAGUUUUUCAGAAGUCUUUGUAUACGGCUUGUUCGACACCUUCCACUUCUCAUCAAAUUUGUUUGAUAUCACUGUGCCUCCAGGAGUUCCGGACCACCUGCCGGCCUGGCAGCAGAUAAGCGACGAGUGCUUCGGAGCCACUACUCUACUAGAGGAAGGGCAGUAUCCAGAGAGUCGACAAACCUUCAACAUUCUAUGUGAGAGGUUGAAGAUUAUUUUUGGGAUCAGCGAUUGUGGAAUGAUCAUUGUCAUAUGGCCGAUUUGUAUCAGGCUUCACCAAAACGGGUUGCUUUACAAAAGCUUUGCGCUACUCGAGUACUUCUUGGAUCUUCUUCGGUUCCUGGCGCAUCAACGCUAUCCUAGUGGGCAUCCAAUUCCAAACCUGCUAAAAGUCUUAAGCCAGACACCGGUCGAAGAACGUUUGGAGAUCCUGCGAGUUGGCUAUCAGCGAACAAUUCGCUCUCUCGAACGCCGCGUUGGAUUUGGCAAUGCCGUUGUGCUUUCAAUGUGGUCUAAAUAUCUUAAAAGAUUCAACAGCCAAGAGUUACCUGCAAGUGCACUCACUUCUCGUUAUGAGAGUGUCCUAGAGGAGGCUCAGAACUCUUUCACAGAUACAGGGACCAGGGCAAUUGAGAUCCUUCAUGGUUACAUUUAUGCCGCACACUACAAUGCUAAUAACCAGAUGUUGACUUGGGAUCUUGACUCUUUGAUGGUUGAUCGAGCAUGGUCAAUUGGGCUUGACCAACCUCAAUGGUGCUUAGCUACUCAAGGCUAUGCAAUGCCUGCAAAGCUUUUGUAUGCCAUGUCGGAGCAGACUGGUCAUGGCAACCAGGGAGAAGCAAUAUUGUGGUCUGCCAUAACCAGGCUUGGUUCUGGCGAUAGAAAGUGCCGGACAAGAGCUCUUAUGUUGGCAAAUAUGUUAGGGGGCACAGGAAACCAAGUAUUAUAG